UCCUCUUCCACAUGUACGACUCGGACCACGAUGGGAAGAUCACGCUGCAGGAGUACAGAAAUGUGGUGGAGGAGCUGCUGUCGGGGAACCCCCACCUGGGGAAUGAGGCGGCGCGGUCCACCGCCGACGGGGCCGUAAUGUUCUCUCUCUCUCGCUGCGUGCAGGGGCCGGACCAGGUGUAUGAGGGCAUCACUUUCGAUGACUUCCUUAAGAUGUGGCAGGGGGUCGACAUCGAGACCAAGAUGCACGUCCGCUUCCUCAACAUGGAGACCAUCGCGCACUGCUACUGA